AUGAGGGGAGGGUUCGCCAGACCGACCGGCGGCGAGGCCCCGGCAGCCAAGGAGGGAAUCAACAAGGACCUCGGGAGCCUGCAAGACAAGGUCGAACGGCUCCAACGCCACGUCGAAAGGCAGCAAGACCAGAUCGACAGCCAGAAGGAGGAGUUCAGCAAAUUCAAGGCCAUUGCGCUUAGUGCGCUGAGUAAAAUCCACGACAAAGAGCGCAGCCAUCAGCCGGGUCCCGUCCCCGAUGGUACCGAGGGGGUCGAGGGCAGUAUUGGCCAAGCAUCGCAGGAGGGCCCGGGGGAAGAGUGUUUGAGGAGCUCUGGGCUUCCGUCCUGA